GCUUUUAUGUUGCCGCGGGUAUGUACACGUGCGUCGGAAGGGCGUUUUGGUGCCGCGUCAAGUUAAAAAUAGUUCAACUUUUAGGAAUGCGUCUUACACAGCCCGGUUGUUUUUAAAAGUAAGAUCGCGGAUUGCUUGCACGAAUCGACGUCGCGUGCUCCCAGCUUUGAGCGCUCGUCUAGAACGGUCGCGUUGCGUCGAGUGGGGAGGGCUUGGCUGGCCAAUGCGCCAAUAGACGGUCAUUGCUCAAAGAAGCGCUUCAGUGUGCGUGGUAGGAUGAAGACGCCGCGACCAUCAGUAACGCGUGGAAAUUUCACACAGCCGCGAUUGAACAUCUGAUAAUAAAUGGACGGAGCAGCAGUAGCAGCUUUAACAAUCCACUUGUCACCAGGGAAGAGGAAUAAUUGGGAGUAAUGGGGAAUACAACACCCAAACCAUUAUUAGAUGCAAGUCUACAGCAUCGCCCAGUGGCCAGCAGGCAGUACUGCACUAUUACCAACAGUGGAGUGGAGCGCCGCUCAUCUGCACCUCCAAUCAACGCAGAGUCUCCCCGUUUUCACCCUCACGCCAAGGGCAAGAACAUUCGGCUGGACGCACAACUGCGGCGGGCCACACGCAAGAACAGCUUCUGCAACGGCAUAACCUUCAGCCAGCGACCCGUGCGCUUGUACGAGAAGGUCCGUGUGCGCCUCUCCGGAGUUCAUACGGGUUGGAGCGGGGCUCUUCGCUUCGGUUUCACCAGCACAGACCCUAGCGAGCUCACCCUAGGCGACAUCCCCAAAUAUGCUUGUCCAGACCUUGUGACGCGGCACGGAUACUGGGCUAAGGCCCUGCCUGAGAGGCUGGCCAUACGGGACAAUGUAUUGGCCUUUUGGGCUGACCGGCACGGCCGGGUCUUUUACAGCGUCAAUGACGGCGAGCCCAUUCUCUUUCACUGCGGCUUAAAUGUUGCCUGCCCGCUCUGGGCCAUCAUUGAUAUCUAUGGAAUCACACAGGAAGUUACAUUGUUGGAGAGCACAUUUGCCGACAGCGUGGGCACGGGCUGUCUGAAUACCGCUCGACUCAGCGCGUAUCUUCCCCAGAGCAACCAUGACUCGGCCAAUUACAGCAACAACCAGUUGGAGACCAACCAGGCCGCCGCGGCCAAGUUCGCCACGCUGCAGCUCAGCAGCUACAACCAGCUCACCCCGUGCUGCUCCACCUCCUCUACGCCCUCAUCAUCCAACAUCAUCACCACCCAAAGAGCAGCCCGUGGACCGUCCUCGCCUCUUGACACUGAUCUGCAUUUUCACCCAGUGCGAGGUCCGGACGUUGUCCUCUCCAACGACCGCACGGUCGCGUGUACACACUUUUUGGACAGCAGUAGGACGUUGAUGUUCAGUGACAGGCCUGUCCGGGUGGGCGAGACACUGUAUGUGGAGGUAGGACAUCUCGGCUUGCCGUACUUCGGGGCACUUCUUUUUGGUAUGACCUCGUGCGAUCCGGGCACCCUCAAUGCCGGCGAGCUUCCGGCCGAUCCAGAAGUGCUUCUGGACCGGAAGGAGUACUGGGUGGUGUACAGAGGUUUUCCUGUGCCAACGGCAGGUGAUGUGCUCAGCUUUACCUUUCUGGCCAACGGAGAGGUGCAUCACGGGAUUAACGGAGGGGCGCGUGGCCGUCUCCUGUGUGUCGAUUCCUCUCAGGUUCUGUGGGCUUUCUUCACGCUGCAUGGGGCCGUGAACCGACUCAGGAUAUUGGGAACAAUUCAGUCCAGCCCGUCCACCUGUUCAUCCGCAUCUCAGGGUUCAACAGCUGAUGACAGCGACUCUGAUCUGGCCUUCAGCGCCAACAGAUCUUCAUCCGCAUCUGAAUCUUCUUUAGUGACGGCCCCCAGCUCUCCUCUCAGUCCACCGGUUUCACCAAGCCUCUCUUCAUCAGACACGGCCCUGAGCAACAAAAACAAUGAGUGUACAGUGUGCUUCGAUCAUGAGGUGGAUACCGUCAUCUAUACAUGCGGACACAUGUGUCUAUGUAAUGACUGCGGACUGAGGCUCAAGAGACAGAUUAAUGCUUGUUGUCCCAUCUGCCGGAGACCCAUAAAGGACGUCAUAAAAACAUACAGGCCAUGAAAAGACUAUAUUGUUUUCUAACACGCAAUUCAGAUUGCAACACGGUAGCUGGACUGAACUUGGAUUGAAGAACUUAUGUAUGUAGCUUUGAUUUGCGUAGCUCUUGUUCAUAUUUCUCUCACCUUAUAUUUAAACGGAUAAUCUAAAGCCAAAUGUCAAUGAUUGAUUAGGACCGAUUCAAUAUUUUAGUGCCUUUGUCGUGUUCCUAAAGCAGCACUUAAUGAAUUAGACAAUCAUGUUGAAGAUCUUUUGUGUGAAUUAAGAAAUGUGUUUGUAAUGUGUAACAGUAAUAAACAGGGCUACAAUAGGAUUUAUAUGUUAUUUUAAAGAAAAAUCUAUGGUUUGACAUUCUGAUUGCUGUGUAUAUGUAUUUUGACAGCUGGUUUUGAAGACACUCAUUGGCUAAAGGUUUUUCAGACCUCUUUAAAUGUGUAUACGUGGAUUUAAAUUAAUAAACAAAAAAUAAAUUUGUUUGUAAUAGA